AUGAUGAAAUCAUAUACCAGGCAGACAUUAUGGAGCUUAUGCCCCGAGUCAAGCGUUGAUGCUGAUGUAAUUACAGCGUUAGCAUGCCACUUGACCUUGGACGAAGUUAAAAGAGAUACUGGUCGUGGAAGAGGAGUGUGCUUUUUGCCUACGGAAUUGCAGGAUAUGGUCGUUAAUUAUGGCUUGACAUCUGCAAAGGCAUUAGAGUUAUAUAAUACAAAAUUCCUAUCAAAAGCUCAUAACUGUAGAAAGGUUUGUCUUCCCAUGAAAGAUAUGAUGAAUGAUGAAGGCAUCCACUGGUAUUUAGCUAUAAUUUUGAUGGACCAGAAACAAGUACACAUUCUGGAUUCAUGCCCAUCAAAAGAGCGCCAAACAAUCCGUACGAAUGCAGUUCACACAAUGAUUGAAUUUCUGAACGACUUGUUCGAUGCCUUACACAAGGAAGUUCAAUCAACAUGUGCACCACCACAGAUUAAGGAGUUUUCUUUGACCACUCCUGAAGUUCCUACACAACGACACAAGAAUGAUAGUGGGAUCUGGGUUUGUGUGUGGAUGAUGGGAUCAACAUGGGAUGAUGACUAUUAUAUUUGGACACUUGAGUACAAAAUAGCUUCCCAAGAGAGGAAAGCAGGUUCCCAAAAGAGGCUAAUUCAUGAAAGCAGCUUCCCAGAAGAGGCGAAUUCAGGGCUCAAGGAUAUCUAG